CCUAAACGUUUAGUCUGUUUCAAGUACCUCGAUCAAGUCCUAGCUGAGAACAAAAAACCUCUCCCAGUUCCCUUCUACACCAGCUGUUACGGGGCGUGCUGCAACCAGAAAAAAAUAUGUUUGAAGUGCUACAUGUGGACAGUCCAGCAGAAUCCCAGAUACCUCCUGAACCCAAACAGGACUUGAGCACCAUGUCUCAGCAGCUUCUCUACCGGGCUCUGGUGUCGGCCAAAUGGGUCUCGGAAGCCAUCAAGACCCCUCAAGCUGGGCUGGCUGUGCGGCUCCUGGACGCCUCCUGGUACCUCCCCAAAAUGAAGCGCAACCCCCGGAGCGAGUUUGAGGAGCGCCACAUCCCCGGAGCGUCUUUCUUCGACAUCGACCAGUGCAGCGACCGCACUUCGCCGUACGACCACAUGCUCCCCGGCCCGGCUGCUUUUGCAGAGUACGUGAGCAAACUGGGGGUUGGCAGCGACUCCCAUGUCGUGGUCUACGAUGCAAGUGACCAGGGCUCUUUCUCUGCCCCUCGCGUCUGGUGGAUGUUCCGGGCCUUUGGGCAUGACGCCGUUUCUGUCCUAGAUGGCGGGCUGAAGAACUGGCUGCGCGAGGGGCACCCCGUGAGCUCUGGGAAGAGCCGCCCUGUCCCUGCGGAAUUCCAUGCCUCUCUGGACAGAUCGCUAGUCAAAGCCCACGAGGAUGUUAAGGAGAACAUUGAGGCCCAACGCUUCCAGGUGGUGGAUGCUCGGUCAGCCGGGAGGUUCACUGGGACGGAGGCAGAACCUCGGGAAGGAAUUGAACCUGGUCACAUCCCUGGCUCGGUGAACAUCCCUUUCACUGACUUCCUGACCGAGUCUGGCUUGGAGAAGAGCCCAGAGGACAUCCGCAGCUUGUUUCAGCAGAAGAAAGUGGAUCUCUCCAAGCCCCUGGUGGCCACUUGCGGUUCAGGCGUCACAGCCUGCCACGUGGCUCUGGGGGCAUAUCUGUGUGGCAAGGCUGACGUGGCCAUUUAUGAUGGCGCUUGGGUGGAGUGGUUCAUGCGGGCACGGCCUGAGCACAUCAUCUCAGAAGGGAAGGGGAAGAGCCUGUGAGUUUUUGGGCCUCUCGCCUCAACAAGGGGCAGAAACAUUGCCUUGUACAAGGGAAGGGCCUCCCAUUCAAAAAUCCUGUCUUAAGAUGUUCUCGCCGAUGCGUGAAGCAUUUCAACAGCAAAUAUGGGGUUCCGCUGUCCCUUUGUUGGGCAUGAAUGAUGUCCUUUGUUCACUGCUGCUUGUCUGGGUAGAAGAAUGCACUCAUCAUGGUAUGGCAAAAUAAGGGUUUCAGGUUGCACAAAGGAGUUGUGGAAGUCCAGUCACAUGGGCCAAACCACAGGAAAGGGUUACGUACGGAAUCAAGUUAGCACUUUGACCGUUGCAAAUUAUCUCAUCUGACUACACAGUACCAAUCGUUUCCCCCUUGUGAAUUGAAAUCUGGUUUACUUUUUUUAAAAAAGUGAAUUUUGAUUUUUUUUUUAAUUAAAAGCAUCUUAAGGUA